UAGUUAAAGUUUGGGUUAUGGUCAUUUAAGUCAUUACUGCUGUAAUCUAUGUUGUGCAUUGUUUUGUCAUGUAGUUUGUUUUUUCGUUUUGUCUAUGCGUAUUUGCCCGAUUCGUGGCAAAUUGGUCAACAUUUUAGUUAUGGAACUGCCGCCGAUCCCAUCAAGUUGUGAUAAGGAUGAGGUUGGUGCAUUCAUCGAUCAGCUGGACCUGAGCAAAUACACGACCAGCCUACCAUUGAUUCGGAAAUUGCGUGACUACUUGCUAACUGCCUUUAAGACAUUGGUCAACCAAGCAUGGGCUUCUCUCGAGAAACUAGCUCAAGAAAAGCGUGAUCAAAAGGCGCAUCAGAUACGCGAAACAGCUGAUAUGAUGAAUGGCCUUAUGGACGACGUGAACCGAUUGCUUUGUGAAGGCGAACAUGAGGAAGCGAAUGGGAUUGGACAGUUUCAAAACAUUGGUGCGGAUUGUAGAGCUGAUUUGCCGCAGUUGAGGAACUUACAGCAAAUUGUAGUACCGCAACCUUCAGAGGUCGGAGAUAGACAAAUAAACAGAACCAGCAGGACUGGGAGCGCUCGAUCAAGAGGUUUAACAGAAGUCGACGACGUAACCGAAAUACAAAGCGCUGCUUACAACGUGUAUCAGGUUUUUAACCAAGGUUAUCAAACAGGUCGACGGCUAUAUGAUGAUAAUCAAGGUGUCUUGAGAGAUGCUUCUAUUCCAACAGAAGACCAAGAAGAACAUGCAGGAAAUAAUCAAGUGGAGGGAUCUACUUAUGCCGUGGCUAGAUUUCCGCACUGGUUAAGUGAGCACUUCGUCUCUCGACAUGAAAUAAGGGCAGUGCGUUUUGGCAUUCCCCAUAUGGUUUUUCAAUCCUAUGCCUGGCCAGAUGCUCUAAAGCUACCUAUUUCGACGGUCCAUCAAAGAAGGAUUUCUUAUUGUCGACCAUUAAUUAGGACACGCAUAAUAUCGACUGUUGCGACCGAGCCAAACCAAUCGAGUAGUGUUCAGGUCAGUAGUAUGGUAAACUUGGCACGACACCAGCGGUCGCAAAAUCAGGAAACGCCAGAUGGAGUUUACGUUAGUCGAUACAAUGCAACUGGUGAUGAGGGGACUCCCUGUUCCGCAACUGGCGUCCCCGGCAGAGCAAUGGCUACGCGUGCUUCGAGCACCCCAAAUGAACAUAACAGCGAUCCAGGCUUGUCUUUUAUACCCAAUUUGACCUACGAAGAUGGAACCAUACCAUUAUUGGCAACAGGCGGCGCUGCAUCGACACCGUCGGGUCCAUCACUGCCAGCAGAGCAUUCAUUGGGGUUAGAAAUGGAUAGUGGCACAUUGGUACUCCCUGCUGAUGCAGAUGAAACCCGCUUAGUCGGACUCCCUGGAUCAACGGUGGUGCGUUCGCGGCUUGGGGGCGCUCCAGCAUCAACUCCUUUACUAUCAUUCCGGCCUAGACUGCCGGUCAUUGACGAAGAACAUCAUCUACGUCUCACCAGGGUGUCACGCGAGCUGCAGUUGAGUAUUGCUGUCCCUCCGGAAGAAACCACACUAAUCCAGCAACGUGAGUGGGGCUCGAUUUUCCGUCCACGUGAUCAAAUGAUUAGGUACGCCGAAGGUGGUCCCCCUCCUCGGCAGGCACAGAGGGUCCGUCGUCGCAGACGAGGUCCCCGUAACGCUUCAGUCGCCAGUCCGCUACUAACACCGGAACGGAUUAUCCGUCGCGAGGAAGCAUUAAGAAGCAGCCGGCACAUUGCAUCCACUUUUAUGUCUAGCUUGCUACAAAACGCAGCUGGAGAAGUGGCGACUUCACAUCUCACUGCAGCUCGUUCAGUGGAAGAGAUAACAGCUUCAAUCGAUAUCAGCCGCAUUGGACUACCGCAGAUACAACUGACCACAGCAGCAACCACCUCUCUAGAAGUUGCUCAGGCACCAAGAUUUUCGGAUUCUGGCGCUUAUACGCAAUCUGCAGCUUUCUUGCAAGACCUUGCAAUAGCUCACUCGGACAUUUCUACAAUUGCACCAAUUGAUCAAGCAUCAUUUGAUCAAGCUUUGGCUAUAUUACCGCCAAUAAAUUCCACUCCAAUAAGUCAGCAUCCAAUUGCUGUAUUUGGACCUAAAAGCGGUCUUGAAAAUAAACCAGAAAUAAUGGACAACUCUGAUAUAAUGAAUACUUCGGUUCCACCUAUGCCAAUGGAAGUUGACGAGGUCCCAGUGGAGGUUUCAAACCCUUUGGCUAAUAUUAGCGAUCACGCUUAUGUGACUGAUGUACAGGUACUACCGACGUUGCAAAUUAAUUUUUCGAAUUCUGCUAGCACAGAUAUUACCAGCAGUGCUGUAAAUCUCGCUCCACCGACGUCAACAAAUGAUUUGCAAACGGUUAAUAAGCGCAGAACAUCAAUGCAAAAUCAACUGUAUCGAGUGUCGAUGAACGAUUUGGGAUACAUUUCACAACACGCUAAUGUGGUUCGCCUAAUGGUAGAUCGUCAAGAGGAUCUCGGUGUACAGGGCCACUCCCUGGGACAUGUUAGGGAAAAUAGGCGAGGCUCAUUAAAUUAUAGUACUAUGCCCGCUGUGAAAGUGUACGAUCCACAGAUAAUUCAGAACAUCCAGAAGGACAAGAUAAGAAUAGUUCAUGGGCUGUUUGGAGCUCUCAUCAGGCAGUCCCAGGUGGACAUGCACAAUGCUCCUUUCAUCCGUAAUCGCAUAGAUGCGAUAAUGGCAUAUCGCUUUUUACUUGAGCUCAAGACUGCAAAUAUUAUAAGUCUGAGCCCGGACGGUAGAUUCUUCGCUCUUCUCUAA